AUGGCUCCGAGCACACGUGCACGGCGUCGAGCCGACAUCACCACGCCGCAACCCUCAACCGCGACCUGUGGUGAUCCUGUGACCCCACCGCCCGACACCGACGACGGCAGCGACGGCCGCAAGUCUCGCCAUGUCGACCGCGAGCUUGACAGGGCUGGCCAUCCCAAAGACCACAGACUAUGGACGCCAGAACCGGAGCCGUACGAUGACGAGAAAUACGCGGCUUGGGGUCAGAAGCAUUAUGGUGCUGACUGGCACGAGCGACGAAAGACUAUGCUCGAGGAAAGGAAUAUAUACAAGCUCAAACACAAUGAUUUCGUCUACCUAAAACGCCAGAGAGCUCUAAGGCAGGUGGAGCGUGAAAGGGAGAAGGGGAAGCUGGCCGAAAAAGGAAAGACUUGGUCUGAACUCAUGAUUUGGGCUCGGAAGCAUUACGGCGAUGACUGGUACGAGCAACGGGAGGCUCUGCUCCGGGGAGAGGAUAGAUCGAAACGAUACAAACGCCGGGAAAUUUUGAGGCAGAUGGAACGGGAAAGGGACACGGAGAAGCUGACCGAAGGGAAAACGUGGCACAAGGUCAUGGCAUCGCCUGCUAGCCCGUCAAAUGCUCUGCCACCGGUCGAGACCGGUAUCGACAUUGAGUCCUCGCCAUCUAACAGUAGCGAGGAUAGUGACAGUAGCGGAUACAGUACGUACCCACCUACCGACGAUGAGCCCCGCCAAGUGACGCCAGGGCCGGAUGACCGAUGGGAACGGUUAGAGUGGAUAGCACUUCGAAAUGACUGGACUAAGAAGCGGUAUCAAGAAGAGAAGCUUGAAAUCGCAGACGACCUGAAAUCGCAACGUGAAGAUGAAGCAUGCAAAAGACGAGAGCUGGAAGAGGUGGAAGCAAUAAGGCAGCUUCAAUGGACGGACCAUGGGGAGUACGAUCGUCAGAUGAGGCAUCACAAUCUACGAAUCGAGGGUUAUACCCAAGAGCGGAUCGAGGAGAUGGAUCGAGAAGCCGCCGCAAGGUGGGAACGGCGACAAAGGGAGCCGCCACCAGCGAGAUCUAGCCUUUUCGGUCGGCCAAUUACCCAAGGGGAAAGGGACGCAAGCGCUGCUAGGCUCCGAGAGGAUCGCGUUAAACUUGCUCGUCUCGUAGCCCAGCACGAACGAGAGCUGGUGACGGAACCUGGCGCCACAGCCGACGCUCCCGUUUCUGAGAGUGUAGGAGCGUCGCAACCUCAAACAUCACUAUUUCAACCAACGGAGGACAUUUCUCGAAAAACACGUGGCGGUCGAAUCACGAAGAAUGCAAUACAGAACCAAAGCGGUACCCGCAAAAACAUUCGAUCCCGACGGCCUGCACCGACAUCUGCAGAAGCCCUAAUACCCGAUCGUCAGCCAAAACGAUUCAAAGAAAUGCCUGCUACACUAGACGAGCCGGUUGACAGUCCUACACCAGCACAACGCCAGCCGCGCAGAAGACAGUGCAAGGCAUAUGAGGAAAAGCGGACAAGUCGAAGGCUCGCCGGACAGUCGCCAGAGUUUGGCAUGCUGCUGGGACGAGGCGAAGCGCCGCCACACUACGAAGCAACCUUACAACAGCCGUCGGAUAUACGCAAAACGAGCAGAUCAGGCAAGCGCAGAAGUACGUUGUCGGCGGGGCCAACCGUCAAGGGCGCGAAGCCUCAAGGGGUUUUGAGGUCUAGGCAAGCAAAAACAAGUCGCCCAAAGAGCAGAAAAGGCCCCCUAAGCGCUGGAUGA